ACUCGAGCUUGUCGCGCGUCUCCCUCGGUACGCGCGACAACGAGCAUGGGCGACUCUGACUGGCUAGAGAGCGAAGACACGGUGCUACAAGAUUUUCACCAGCAGCAGCAGCAGCGGGUACGUUCGUCAGGCGAGAGCGGAGAACUGGACAGUCGGACUGGAUGCCGGACGUUUGUACCCAGUGGCGAGGGACGCCGACGGAGGGGGGUAGGGAGAGGAUUCUCUGGUGGUGAACGGAGAGUGCGUGAGGAGGGAAACUGGAGAGAUAGGAGCAACGGUGGUGGCGGAAUGGGAAUGAAGGUGAAGGUCAACACACAAGAUGUCGGGAGAAUUAUUGGACGAGGAGGGUCCAAGAUAAAGGAACUGGAGGAGGAGAGUGGUGCAAGGAUAAAUGUAUUGAAAAAUGUAGAUGCUGGAUAUGGAAUGACAUAUAUUGAGAUUAGUGGGAGUGACCACAACAAAGAAACGGCACGGAAAUUGAUUGAAGAUUUAACUGGAGGUUUCAGUGAAGAAUCAGAAAAUCCAAGAAGGGAUCAACAAGAUUACCGAGCACCGGCUAUUGACUGGAGUGCAAUUCACGCUCGUCACGAGAUUGAUAAGGUCAAGAAGUGGGAAGGUUUGGCGCCUAUUGCUAAGAACUUUUAUCAGGAGGACGUUAUUGUGGGUGCUUUGUCCGAGGAAGAAGUAGCUAUGUUUAGGAAAGAGAAUAACAACAUCAAAGUACAAAACCUGGGCAACUCCAAAGAUCGUCUCAUUCCUAAUCCCGUCAGAACAUUUUCAGAAGGCUUUGGUUCAUACAGUGAGAUUCUUGACGAAAUGGAGAAAGCUGGCUUUGAAAAGCCCACACCGAUACAGUGCCAGGGGUGGCCUGUUGUUAUGCAGGGUCUCGACAUGGUUGGAAUCGCACAAACAGGCACAGGAAAGACACUCGUCUUCUUGUUGCCAGGAUUUAUUCACAUUAUGGGACAACCAGUUCCUCGUGAAAAGCGUCACGGUCCGACUGUUCUCAUUCUGUCUCCAACAAGAGAGCUUGCUCUUCAGAUACAGUCUGAAGUAGAGAAGUAUCAGUACAAGGGAAUCAAAUGUGUAUGCAUUUAUGGAGGAGGAGACAGACGACAGCAGAUUGACGCUCUUUCGGCUGGAGUAGAAAUAGUGGUCGCUACUCCUGGUCGAUUAGAUGACUUGACUAUGAAUGGUGUCGUGUCUCUCAAGAGUGUCACAUAUCUGGUAUUGGAUGAGGCUGAUCGGAUGCUGGACAUGGGGUUUGAGCCCCAGAUCCGAAAAAUUUUACUCGACAUUCGGCCAGACAGGCAAACUCUUAUGACAAGUGCGACGUGGCCACCAGGCGUUCGUGAUUUAGCUGAGUGUUAUCUCACUGAUCCUGUUCAGAUCAACGUGGGAUCUCUAGAUCUGGCUGCUGUUCAUAGUGUGACACAACUAGUGGAGUUUAUUGACGGAUCUGAAAAGAAAUUUCGAGUGAAACAGUUUAUUAGGUCUAUGCAAGAGAACGAGAAGGUGUUGGUGUUUGUCGGACGGAAGACAACUGCCGAUGAUGUAGCUAGCGAUUUCAUGCUGGAUGGUAUUUGCUGUCAAUGCAUACACGGUGACAGAGAACAAUGCGACAGAGAGCAAGCUCUAGAUGAUUUUAAAACAGGUGUAGUCAAAGUUCUUAUAGCAACUGAUGUUGCCUCUAGGGGAAUUGACAUAAAAGACGUGACUUUUGUUGUCAAUUAUGAUUUUCCUUCACAUGUUGAGGAGUAUGUGCACAGAGUUGGCCGAACAGGUCGUGCAGGACGUACGGGUAAGUCUCUGACUUUCAUGACUCGAGAAGAUUGGAGACACGCUCAGGAGUUGAUCGACAUACUGGCUGAAGCCAGUCAGGAAGUUCCGGAUGAACUUGUAGCCAUGGCAGAACGGUUUCAAGCCCACCGGAAUCGGAUGAGGGCCGACCGUGACGCCUGCAGGGACAUGGAGCGACGUUUCCGCGGUGACGGAGACAGACCUAGACGCGGUGGCGGCCGUGGCGGUCGUGGCGGCCGAGGAGGCGACCGGAGAUGGGGAGGACAGGAAAGUAGGGGCGGAAGAAGAGGUGGCAGGUACGGACGUACGUCUGAAGUAUCAGACGGCGGUUGGUGGUUAUAGCAGGGAAAGAGUUAGAAAUUAUCAGGAAUAUCGCGCAGUCGCGGUAGAGAGAGUUAUGUACGGGACAUUGUUGCAUCAGUUCAGUUUGGAAGACUAAUGUUGCUGACUAUAGACAGUUGUUGCUAAGUUGUUUGAGGCCUGCUUAACCGGCACGAAUGUAUACGGUUGUGUCAGGAGCAGAAAUAUUGAGCUCACGACAUAAUUGUUUGUAGCAAAAAUGAGGUCGUUUUAGCCUCAGCCUGUGUGUGUCACAUGAUGAGAGUUAGUGAUAUCAAUUGAGUCAAACCGGCUAACAGGGUAGAAAGAGGAGAGCGCUGUUGUCUUCUUGAGUUGGGCGACGGCGUGUCUAGCUAAAGCACUUCAGCUGGUAGAUUUUUGUUUAUUGGUGAUGAGAAAUGAUUUCUGCGGCUCUUCAGAACUUGCCGACAUUUAGCAAGUGUCUAGAGGUUUCAGAAAAUCAAGGACGUAGCAUGUAUUUACUGUAGUCUGUACAGUCGAGCAAGGCGAUCGGACCAUAGCCCAAUUGGUUUGUAAUGGACACUUCAGUAUAAUCAACAGGUAUUUGUGACAUACCGACUAAUAACGGUUUUCGUGACUGGCAAUCCAAAUUCUACAAACGUAAAAACAGCAAAGAAUAUGCAUUAAUAAAUU